UAUACCAGCAUUGCCCAAAACUCCUUGCUGCACACUGAUGGUCGUUUGCAUCCUAAGAGCAAAUAUAUGCACAAAGAAAUCUUAUUGUUAAAGGACUAAAUAUCUGAAACACCCAUUUUCUGUUGAUUACAUCUUGGCAAGGGGACAGGAAGAUGAAGACAAAGAGAUGCACUAACCCAUGCCUGGCCUUCCCUGUCACGAUGAUCUUCUCCCUGUGUUUGCAAACGAGCGCGAACCACAACGGUUCCCUUCGGGUUAGAGAGGAAGCCUGGAAUCCCAUCAGCCAGAACCUCAGUGGGAGCCAGAACAGAACAGAAGCCAAUACAAAUUCUCCUCUGAGCAUCAAUUUCAGCAGCAAAAUUACUACCUUUGAAAUGCAAAGUACCCUGCAGUCCUUCUCCUCCACAGUGGCCCAAAAUCCAACAUCUUCCCCUGCCACAAGUGCAGUUUCUGCCACUGGAGGACCCAGGAAUACCAGCAAACCCAAGAGUCCAGUGACCAAAGAAACAUGUGAAGACAGUAAGUCUCUUGUACUGAUUUGCUUCAUUAUCAUUGCAGUACUUGUGCUUAUCUGCACCUUCCUAUUUCUGUCCACAGUCGUAAUAGCAAAUAAACUGUCCUAUCUCAAAAAAACUCAGCAGGGGAAACGCAGGCCCAGGAGCAACGGGGACAUUGUGGCCACCAGCAGCUUAUGGCCAAUGGCAGCAGGAACGUGGCAGAGGAUGCCCAGGGAGACAGCUGGAACCGAGCUGACAAUGCAGGACUUGCUCUCAGGGAGGGACACGGGGAACAGAAGGAAAACUGAAGAUGAAACUACUGAGAAACUCACUACAGCAACAGACAGUGCACAGGAAAACAAAGAACCAUCCCAGUCACACAAACCCAUUUUAACCAAUUUUGUAGUUGAGAUUUAAUUCACACUCCAGUAAAAAUUCAUCUUUUGCCCUUUUUACAUCAUUAAUGUAAGGUAAAACCUCAGCUUUUAAGAAACAACAUGAAUUUUCCCCCAGGAAAGCUGAAUUCAGAUUUUAGAGGGUUUUUUUCUUUAUGCCAGUGGGAAUGGUGCAGCCAAGUGUGGAUCUAGAAAGGAAUAAGACUGUGUUAAACAGCUUUCUGUGCUGAGUGUCAUGGUUGGUUUUACUCCUUGGACCAGAAAUCCCUGUGACAGGAGCUGAACAGGAUAAAACAAAGGGACAGAAUCUGCCCAUGCUCAGGGCAGAAAGGAACAGACUGUUAGUCUGAUAAAUGCACCCAAGCAUGAGACACUGCACAGGUAUAACCAAGUAGCUUUUUUAAGAAAACCAUACAUCAACCACUGAAUCAGGAUCUAGUCCCUCUCAACAUGCCCUUCUGGGUUUUUCCAUCAAGAACUUCUUAAACCAGCUUUAUUUCUUUGGAACCAGACUGACAUUCAAACCACAUUUAUUGUGUUUCCAUGCUGUGUAUGAAGAGAUGAAGUUUGUGCUAUUUGUUAGAAUAUGAGAACCGUUUCAAU